GUGGCCAAGGAUAGUUGAAUAAAGAUCCUUGAAGAAAAUUUUGAAAAGAAACCCAUCGCUUUGAUUAGCAAGACAAGCAGCUUAAGUGGAUCAAAAAUUCUUGAUUGCCCAAUGAACGACUACUUACCAAGAUUUAUUACAACAAUCAUCGGCAUAAGGAAGAUGUUCCCCGAGAGUCAUUAAGACGGAGAUGAGCACAGCCUAUUGAGAGCCACUUCAGCUUCUGGCGUUCGAGAGUUUGCAGUCCUCUUUAGAAACUUUAUCAAAACAAACACUUUGAUAAGUCAUAUCCGACUAUCACAGAUGAUCCUAAACAUGUCGAAUACAUUGCAGCGUACGAAUGCACUGUCUUAACUUGAAAUGAUGGAAAAUGACAAAAUGAAAUACAUCGAUGACGAUUCCCAGAACUACAAUUAUGUGUGGAAAAAGAAGAAGGCCGUACAAAAAGCCAAAGGUGAAGUUCAAGAGAAAGACUUCAGACAAAUAUGUACAGAGAGCUUAAAAGAAGACUACAGUAGCUACGAAGAAUCGAUUUCUGAAUCGAGAACUUAUUUCGGCAAGGAAGGCAGUUCUAGUGGAGACGAUAUUCCGGAUAUAGUAGAAGAGGAUGAGUUUACAUGUGAUGAUUCACUGCUGAGUCCAAGAGCUCCUUUGGAAACGGGGGAAAAUGACGUGGAUAGUCCUGAUUCUCUUGAAGGUUUGGAAAUAUUAGUUAGUGAAAGCGACCACGAACGAAUCGCCUUGACGUCCGGGCUUACCGUGAAAGACCAGGAAGACGUUGUAAUAAAACAAAAAGAAUUUAGUUUAGAAGGAGACGCUAUUGUUACGCGAGAGGAGAACAAUAGUGAAGAAAAAGAAAAACACGGCAGAUUAACUGGCGACAACGCGCCUCGCCGAAAAGUACAUUUCAAAGAAGACGUGAACCAGAAUAGAAAGUGUAGCGAACCCGACGACGUGUCGCCAUUGGACGAGGAAGGCUUGUCAAUCGACGUACUGUUUACAGAUGACGUGACAAUCCGAGUAACGUUCAAGGAGGGGAAAGCCGAUGUGGAGGAGAAAGAGACUGCGGGGAGUGAUGUGGAGAGCAGUAGCAGAGGCAAUAUCGGCAAAAAUGAAGGUAUUGAGGACGAUUCAAUAUCACCGCAUGCUGGGAUAAGCGAAGAUAAACAGAAAUAUGUAUUGGAAAAAGAGGGGUGCUCACAAGAGGAAAAUAUGAGUGAUCUAUCUAAGGAAAUCUCGUCUGAAUGUUCAGAUAUACAAUGUGAGAAUUCAUUUGAUACUGAAAAAAUCGAGGAAAUGGAAAGUGUUAGUGAGUCUGACAAAGAAAAUCUGGCUCAAGGUGAGGAAAUCAGUGGAAGUAAGGAAUCCGUAGAUAUGCAAAGUGCAUUAGACAGGUGCGACAGCGACCACAACGACGGGGAUGGCUCAGAUGGAUCGAUCCUUGGAGAAAUGCGGCAAUCCAAUUUACCGCUGUGUUUGGAAAACGCCGUCAAUCCGAGUGGAAACAAGCUAAACGUAAUUCCGCCCGUGUUGACGGAAAACAUGAUUGCCAAUGAAGUCAGUAAAUUGGAACACGAGCUCUGCGACUCUGAGAAAUCAUCGUCGAAAAAUGAAGUCGAUCAAGUUGUACCAUAUUUCGAAAAUGACUUGACUGAUUCGGAUAAAGAUUCGUGCAGUUCGGAUUCAGAUGAGAUGGAAAAUGAUGAUUCUGAUAAUUCAAAAAUUGACAUGUGUGACAAAUUGAAUGGUAAUUAUGAUCACGGAAAUUAUAGUACAAAGAUUGACAAAGAUUAUACUAAUAUGUUUUAUUUACACGAUAUCAUUGAGGAAGAAUCGUGUUCUGAUUUGGACAACGAAGAUUACACCAGUUGCGACAGCACUGUGUAUGUAACAGAAACCGGAGAUGAAAACCCCUCGAAUAUCCUGUCAAACGAUUCGAAUUUGCAAAACUACUCGAAAACUACAGAGAGCGAGGAUUCUUUGAACUCAGACACCAGUGUCGAGAAGUGCGAAACCGAGUCAUCAGAGAAGGAAAUAUUCAAACAAAAAUCAAACCCUAUCCUAAACCUCUUAGAGAUGCAGAAAAAGGAGGAAAUUUUCGAAUCGAGUUUGGAAAUACUGCAGGAAUUCCGGAGCAAUUUAAUCCCCGGAAUAACCUCGGCGUCAAACUGGAUCAGUUGUUGCGAUAGUGACGAGUUAUCAUUAGGUGUGGUUGGCGGUGGGGAGGAGGAGGGAGAGGUAGGGAGUGAGGAGGGAGGUCGGGAGUGUGGGAGUUGGAUAGCGCUAUCGACCGUCGGCGCGGCGAGUCAGCCGUCCGUCGGCGCAGCGAUGCUCAGUACCUACCCGCCAGCCCCCAGUCAACAUGCCUGGCAGACGCUGCGUCAGGAGGCCGAGAGCGACAGUGACAACGACUCUCUCCAAGGGGCCUCUCUGGACACAGUGAUACAGGUGAAGCCGCUGCUAGUGGACCGCGAGAUACAGGUGGACAGUGGGUGCAAGUGCUCCGAGGACCAUGACGACGGGAGUGGAGCUGUCGAUGCUGAUACCAGCUGUGAUAACGAGGAGUCGCAGACCAGAGUAGACAGUAGUGAUAAAGAAACCCUGAGUGAUGCCGAGGAGUGCCGUGCUAGUGUAGAGUCGAACUGUGAUAAGUUAGAAAAUAGUGAUAACGAUGUAUCUGCUGAAAGUGAAGAUAAAAGGGAUGAAAGUCCGGCUAAGGAGUCAGACGAGGUAAAAGUGAGCGAAAGUGACGAAACACCUAAACCGAGUUUGAAAGAUUUAUUUCCCAUAAAAAGAACGACAAAUGCGCUUGAAAAUCUGCCUUUGAUUUACCCUCACGCGAGAGGACUCAGUGUGACAAAACCGGUGAACAAGUUCGAGAGUUUCCUAUUGAAAUACCAAGAAAAAGAAAAAUCUGAAAACAACCCAAGCAAAAUUGAAAGUGAUCCAGUGAACGAAAAACAAAGCGAGUGCGUGUCAAGCAAUGUGUUCGGUCAGACAGAUUUCAAAACAGAAAACCUAUUCCAAUUCAACGUCCACGCCCACGAGGCUGUAACCAGUUUCAGUUUCAACGAGGAGACCAAGGAUAGCUCCGAGGACGAGAUGAAGCAGAAGAAGAAACACGAGGAAAAUAGAAACCAGGAGGAAGCGGUCGGUGCCUCAAGUGAACUAUGCAACGGGUAUCAUAGAGGAGUGUUGAAAUCCGCGUUGAAAAGAGGUUCGACGAAAAAGUCCAAGAAGAAACACCGCGUUCAAUUUGACGAGUCGUUGAAUAAGUUUUUCGACGCGGAUUACGUGAUUCUGAUUCGCGAGGAGCCCGACGACUUCGAGGGCGACUACGAGUUCGGCGGUUGUGAUUGUGGUGAAGACUUCUGCUACGACGAGUGUUGUGACGAGGAUGACGAGGACGAGGAGAGUUUCCAGGAGCCUCCCAGUCCGAAGUUCGAUCUUUGUGCCGCGUUUGAGCCUCCAGUGGAGUUCGUGGACCAGGUUACUCUCAGUCCCCCCGAUGGAUACAAGGAUACGUCCCACUACUGUCCACACCACCACCCUAGACUGCCACCGGGCAAGCGGCGACCAGAUGGCAAAGAAGACUGGAUGGCUCAAGAGGGGAACACGGAAGUACCUGCAGCACCUCUCUCUCACACAACACCAGCUGAUACCAGGACAGAGGCUACUAACACUGACGACGACCUCCACCAAGGGUCGUCUGAUGAGCAUCAAGACUCGCAGCAGCUGACGCAACAACAGCUGACCCAGCAACAGCGGUACAUCGUAGAGACCAUCACCAUGACUACAGUGACGGAGAGGCGGAUCGUACGAGAGGCGGAACGCAAGAGUGUGGAGGCGGAGGACAUCCCUUCCAGACCUCCCGGCAUCCUCAAGGGAGGCAAGCUGUGGCGGAGUGUGGACUGCGGCAACCAGACAGACCUGGGCGAAGACCUCAUGGGACAUCCGCCUGGCGAGGAGGACGACCGUCGAGGAGUCAGGUUCUCCGAGGCCGGCAAGUCCGAGAAAGAGGACAACAAGGACGGCAGUGAGAUGAACUUGACGUUCAAGAUUGCAAAUCCUGUGGUUGUUUCUAAGCCAAACUCUGCCGUGAGACAGCUGUUCCCUGGACAGAAGUUCAUGUCUCCACCGCCUCAAGCGGCACGAUCACCUGAGGCAGAGACUGCUCAAGACGAAAAAGACAAGAGCUAUCUGACAGCUGAGAAUCUCAAGAUGUUCGAAGAAGCGAAAAAGAACAAGCUUCAACAAUAUUAUAGCUCAAGUAGAAACAGCUCGAAGGACGGAAGUUCUCAAACUCUCUCGUCCCCUCAGACGGAGCAUCCACCGAGUGAUGACGAUGAAGGUCUGAGUAGCAAUUUGAUCAAGAGAACAAUUGAAAGGAACACGCUCAGGCGAAGUCUGUUGAAGUACCCGCACGAUAUUAGAUUGAAGAGGAACCAGAACAAGUUGAAGAACGAAAACUCACUCGUGGAAAGGAUAAAACAACUGACGUGUGACGUCGAUGACGAAACGGACAAGGGAAAAGAUGGAGAGUCGAGUAGAUCGAGUCCCCCCGGGGAAGAGUCUCAGAAGGUGCAGAGUUCGAGCCAAAGUCGCCCUGAUAAAAUCGCCUCCUCCGGCAUGUCUUCCACUUAUAAGAAGUUGACGGAUCUGUUUUCACGUAGGGAUAAACUUGAAGCAGCGCACCCCUCGGUUAUUCUACAGACCCCUGUGUCUGUGGAGAGACAAUACGCUUAUUAUCAACCGGUCUAUCACCAACAACACCCUACUCCACCUGAUUUAGGCAACGGAUUGAACACUCCCACUGGUGUUGGUCAGAAACAUUUGGUUCCAAGAAACAGUGUAACGACCGAGGCGAGAAAACAGUUCCUUUCGUCUCUGGCACCUUUGACCGCGUGUGUUAGCGGUAACUUGGAUGAUUCUCCAGUAUACAGAGAUAACCAACCGUUACCCGGGGACAGGACGUCUGUAGCGAGCACCAGUACGGCGCAGGACUCCGAGUACAGCUUAGACGACAUAGAAGAAGCCCUAAACUCGGAAGACACAAAAUCUCAACCCCAACCGGAUGUGGUGGCAGGUACCCCGGCCGGAAACAGUGACCAAGACGAGCUCGCCCUGUUCGUACAGCAGGAUGCGGGCCGUAUAGAGCGGAUCCGUAAACGUUACAGUUCGACACCAACCUCAGCUGGCUCUGACGAUGACGAACAUGACGACUACGGAUUCAACCGAAGACCUUCCGUUCGUGGAAUCAAACCGAGAUUCGGUUCUACGACAGAAAUUCUACAGCAGAUGCAAUCUCAGUUGCAACCUCCAGCUCUGGCGUGUCCAAGUAGAGUAGGGAGUCAUAUAACAUGGCCUUAUUACACCCCCGACGACUCUAGGAGGAGUAAUCCAAGUAGAACAGCGAUGCCUAUAUUGAAAGAGGAAACUCACUUUACCUACAUCCCCGAUCCCAAUAUGGAGUACGGAGCCAACUCCCCCGUGGAUCCCUCACGAACGUAUCAGCACCAGAUGAUAUAUUCGGCAACUGGGAACCUUCAUCAACCCAUGAGGAUCGGAGGCGGUGGAGAUAUCCAAUAUCCUGCACGAGUGCAUCACAUCCACUCGGAGUCUCCUCCCAGAGUACCACCGAUGGGGAUGAUGGUUCCGUACCAAGAACAUGACUUUCCUUACCGGACGACAGCGCCUAUAUACGCCAGAAGAGCUAUCCCAGGAAGUGUCGUCCAAAUGAGGGUUUCUCCCAUCCCAGCUGGAUCUGCUGUUAGGCUACCCCUACACCCUCCCUAUGUAGAACCUGAGCCCCACUACUCUACCCAGCCGCUACCACCAGGAACAACCUCCAUCAUCAGAGUAGGACAGCAACAGACCAUCAGAGUUCCCUACCCUACUGGAGGGCCUGUGCAGGUGCAUCUCCUAGCAACAAGGAGAAGUGAAAGCCCUCAACGAGGAUCUCCUUCGCAACAACCUGCGUAUCCUGCAAACCAAUACGUUGUAGCACGAGGAACGCAGACUUCCUCGAUAUCUUCCACCUACUACAACAUCGGGAAUGCCGUUCCUCCCAGAGGCACGUACUAUCCCUCUCCACCCAUUCCUCAAACAAAUGGACCAAAUUUCAACCGAGGGCCUCUAAUAUACUCCGAUCAUCCAGCUAAACCUCCUCAUCUUUACAACAACAACAAUUUCCCUCCGAACCCCCACCGAGCCACGUCCCCCAUCCAGUCGUUGACCUCUUCCCCCACCAGGAUGAAGCCUCAGAACGAGCGAGGAGUUCCUGAAGGUGCUGCGUCCUCUUCCCCAGCAUUCCCUCAAGACCAGGUUUACCAACUUCAAGUUUCCUCGGGCACAAAUAUACCCUCUCCUAGCACCUCGGAGGCUAGUCACUCCCCCGCCACCUGUGAUACCGCCACCUCUCCUACCACCCCUCCACAGUCGUCUGCCAACCCUUCCUCUGUAUAUUACUCCAUGAAUGUCUGACACAGUCUACAACAGUACCAGUACUACUGGACCUCCUCUCAGCCCAAUCCCUAGAUGUUUUGUUGUUUAGAUUGUUUGUUACGCCUGGGGUUAGUUGGGGACUCAUUUCCGUCCUUGAGGUUGAAACUCUUGUUUAUGAUUGAAUAAGUAACCUAUUGAGUUUUUGUCGCUUCUGGUAGUUUUACAAUAUUCAGUACACACUUAAGAAUCUAAUAGAUUUAUGUAGAUUAUCAGUACCUGAUAUGUUAUUGUAAAAGGUACAGUAUGAAGUUUUCAGAUAUUUUUAGGAAAAUCUAACUUAAUUGCGAUUUUCUGUUAAUUAAUCGAAAUAGCUUUGUCUCCAAUUCUACAGUUGUUAUAAUUUGUAGCAGUAGGUCUAUCUAACUGCUUAGCAUAUUUAAAAUAUUGUGUUUGUGAACAUUUACACCUGACAGUCCUAAUAUAGUUUCUUUGACACAAGACAAUAACAUGUCCCCCGACGGGAACCUACCCUAGCUCCAGGCGGUCAAGACUCCAGUAUUAUUUGUCGCAAUAAUUCGUCUAGCUUUGUUAUUGGUCAAAGGCCGCUCAUUGUUUCGUAUGGUUGUGAUUUUAAGGCUUAAAUUUAUAAACCCUGCCUAAAAACAUGUUUGUAAUACACGGUCACACUGUGGUCUUUUAAAAAGACGUUUUGUAAAAACUUUAAUCGAGUAUCGAAGAUUCUUCCAAGUUUGUAGCGGAAAACCGAAUGGUCCAGAUUGUUUAUUUUAUUGUAGUCGAAUAACUAUCGAUAUUUUUAUGAAAUUAUUGCGUUUACGUUAUAGAAAAUUGUUGAUAAUUUACGCUCAUAUUGUUGUAGUUUUUUAAGUUUUAUAACUAAAUAUAAAAUCGAAGCGAGAUCUCUUUAGAGUGUUAAAAUGUAUUGAAUAGUAGUUAAAAAAUCUCAUAGUGAAUUUCUAUCUAUUCUGUGUUUAGUGUUAGAAUUGAUCUGAGAAACUUGUUCGCGAAGGCCUGAGAACGGAAACGAAUAUAAAUUUUAUUUUUAAAUAUAAUUAUUUAUAUAAUAGCUCUAAUAAACCCCAUUUUAUAUUAUAUAUAGUAUGUAAUAGUUUUUAAAAGUUAAAUAUUUAUAGACCUUUAUUGUACUGCAGUAUAACUGAUGCAUUAACCAAAACAUUUUUUACUUCUCGGUAUAGUACAGGUAGAUCAUAUUGUUUAGGCCUUACAGGGUUACCACCUUUUUCACUAGUGGCUGCAAAUGUUGUUUUUUUUUCUUUAAAUUAAAUAUUUGUUUAUAGACACUUACAAUUGUUUAAAAAUUAUAAACGCUCUAGUAAUGAAAUUUAACUCCAAAAGAAAGCUCCUUAAAGCAUGGCAAACAACAUAUUCAGGUCGAAGAGUUUUCACAGUAACGUCCACUCAUAAUGGGAUUAAGGGUAAGAGGCUUUGGCCGAAAUGGGGCUGCAAGUGUUGGGGAGGGGGGUGGAAACCCGCUGUUUGGACAUGGUACAAUAACUCAACUAGCCUGUUUGUUACUCAAUCGACUGUGUAUAAUAUUUUUUCUUUUGGGCUUACGAUGUCAAAAAAAAUAAGAUUUGAACUUUUCUAAAUCUUCCACAUUACAUUAUGCAUUUCAUACAUUUAACUAUUAUUUACAUUGUGCAUUUACUCCCACUUGUAUAAGAAAACCUCAAAUUUGUUUGGGUAGGCUUCCGUAUUUGUUGCCAAAAACAACCGAAUGAAAAUUUCGAUCAAUAUAUCGAUUGUUUUAUUCGAUAUAUCGUUUGGUUCGUAGGUUUACCUAACCUAACCAACCAAACGAUAUAUCGAAUGAACUAAUCGAUAUAUCGAAUAAUUGGUAUUUUCAUUCGGUUUUUUUUACAACAGAUACGGAAGUCUACCCAUUUGUUUCAAUAACCGAAGAACGAUUCAGAAAUCUAAGCCACUAGUGAUAAUGGUGAAUUUAUAAAACCGAUAAAUUGUAAAUACUUGCAAAGAUAUUCCACAUUCCAUUAUGUUACCAAAGAUCAGUUCUACCUUCAGCUUGCAUAGGCGUAAAAGUUUAUUUUACCUUCGUAAUAUAUGUAAAUUAUGUAAUAUAACUGAGAAAUGUAAUAAUAUAUCUAAAAGUUGUUGUAACUGAUGUUUCGGUGCCAAAGACGUAGAGCUGUACCAAAGCGGCUCGAAGGAGCCUUAGGCCUAACCUUAUAAUCAAACAUUUGGUUCUCUUUUGUCAAUCAUUAAAUAUAAUUUAAACAAACAAA